UUCCAACACUUUUAAUCUCUGCUCAAGCAAGCACGCAGCGCGGAGAGCAGUCCUUCAGACCGUGGGAAAGGGAUGUAUUUCAGCUUCCUCUUGGUUUUCAUUCUUAACAGAUUGGUAGAGUUAGUUUUGCCCAAGUUCAAGAUCUUCUGCAAGAUAGAUCUUAAAAGAGUGCUUCCCAAACUGGGCCUCACAGACAUAGUUACUACAGAAGCGAACUUCUCGGGCAUCACAGAAGAGGUUUUCCCAGCUAUUGUUGAGGCCAUGCAUGAAGCCCGGAUGGAAGUGACCGAGAAAGGCGUGAGAAUGGCCGCGGGCGCCGGGGACGCACAGGAGGACGACCUUCUGCACCAGCCGCGGGAGCCCCUGCGCCUCAAGUUCAACAAACCCUUCCUCGCCUUUGUGGUGGACAACAAGACUCAAACAGAGCUCCUUGUGGCCCGGGUCUUAAACCCCCGUGUUGAGUAGAGGUCGGGGGUCGGCCCCCAACUGCCCUGGAGUGAGGUGAAUAAAAUUCACUGGAGUG